AUGUAUCGCCCCGCGCUGCGCUUCGCCCUUAUCCUCUCCUUGAUAUAUGACUGCUCCGCAGUUGCAGCCUACACCGCUGCCCCCAGAUGGGGCCAAGCUUCCGUGCUUGUAGAGGAUAUCUUGUACAUCCAGGGUGGCAGAACGGACCUGUACAAUCAGUAUUCAUAUUCAUCUGCUCCUCCGACAAACGACAUGCUCGCCCUUUCCCUAACGACUUCAUUCAAUCUCUCUUCUCCCUCAUGGAGCCUCAUUAGUGGGUGCUCCAACUGUUCCUCCUCCCAGGGCCCCGCCGUGGCCUGGCACACCUUGUCGCCACUCAACACCACUUCUAUGCUUCUCUUCGGCGGGGAUUUGGGGCCCAAUUCAGCGAUAACCGUUCCAGAAGCGGCCAACUCGGCUGGUCUAGUAAACGUCGCGCACGCGCUCUCACCUAUAUGGGACGACGAAUCAGAGUCGUGGGCAGACGAGUCGCUGCGACGCAUGUACCACUCGGCGUCUGCCACAGGCGGGAAGGUUUACAUUGUCGGUGGCGAAAAGACGGACGGCUCAGGUGAUGCGUUCUCAAUCCACUAUGUAUUCGAUCCCUCUAUUCCCUCAUUCUCCGCGCUGCCGUCCACGAACGGCCCGCCAGGCAUAUACGGACACGCCUCGGUUGUGCUUUCAAAUGGGCGGCUGCUGGUCUUUGGCGGCUACGAGGAAUUGAGCGGUACCCUGCUUCCAUUCUCGACGGUGUGGUCUCUGGACACAACGCAAUCAUCGCCCAGUUGGUCUCUGCUUCCUGUGGCCGACACGAGUCUGCCCACUCCGCGCCGCGGAUUCGCUGCAACGCUAGUCGACGGCGGCAAAGUCGUCAUCCAGGGAGGUGCUGAUGCGCAGCUCGAGACAUCGUAUAGCGAUGGCUGGGUGCUGGACACGACCACGAGUCCGAUGGUCUGGACCCAGGUGGCCGCCUUAUCUGAGCUCGGCCCUCGGCGGGAUCAUUUCGCCGUCGGACUGGGCACACAAGUUCUCUUCGGAUUCGGGUACGAGACAAACGGACCUGCCCCUGCAUCUCUGCACGUCUUUGAUGUCACCAGCGGCUCCUGGUCUCCGGGAUACACGCCGCCGCCUGCUGUAACAUCCCCCACAGUAACUACCCUAUCGGGCCCGGAGCCUUCGUACACCCCUGGCGGCGGCGAAUCGUCGGGCACUGGGUCCAGCCCCGGAGGUCCGGGUAGCAGUCCCAAUCCUACAGGCAGCGGGUCUGGUAGCGGGGGAAGUGGCUCGGGCUCUGGGGAUGGGUCAGGUAGCGGGGCGUCUGGCGCGAGCUCAUCCAGCAACCACCAUGCGACGAGCAUCGUUUUGGGAACCGUCUUCGGUGUCUUGGGCCUUCUGGUUGGCACCUCUGCUGUCGUAUGGUACAUUCGACGACAACACUCCAGGCAGAGCUUUCAUAUGCUCCGUCCCUCGGAUGAUGAUGACAAUCUACCAGCACUACCUAUUGCAGGCAGCCGCGAAAAAGGCCUUCCACCGGUCAUUCAUAAUGUGAGGAGUAAACUGGGUGCAUUCGUACCCGGACUUGCUCCUGCUGCCGUACCACCUCCACAGCGCCGGGACAUGCUUGCGGACGAGGACACUCGAGAGUUCGCCUGGCAGGCUACGGUGCGCCGAGAGACCAGCAGCGGCCGCUCAUCCUGGACGACCAUGCGACGAUCCGCGUUGAGCGACAUGGUGCACGACUCACUCACCUCUCUCCGCACUGUCGGGGGCACCGUGCUUGCCUAUGCCGCCGGCGCACGUAGCAUGCUUUCGCGGGAAGGCAGCGCCGCCUCGCGGUCGUCGGCAUGGUGGGAGAAAGAGCGGGGAUACGAGCCAUACGCAGAUGAAGCAGCGCUGAUGGGCGAUCGCUCCCGCGCAACGCGCCCCAGGGGCGGGCGGCAGCCGUCUGACGGGCCAUCGCUCGACGAUCCGCUCGGCGAUGAUUCGAUCGAGGCGUUCGCGCUCCCCGCCGAGUACCUCGCCGACGUCGACGCGGAUGCAGACACACCGGAGCGGGGCCCUCCCUCCCUCGCAGACGCGCCCCCGCGCCCAUACGCCCACAUUCGCGCGCCGGCCGCGACCACCGAUCUGACGCGCCUCUCGCCCGUCUCCGAGCGCCCGACGCUCCCGACGCUGUCCAGCCCCCCAAGCUCGGAUUCGUCUCUCCCGCGCUCGAUGCUGUUCCUGCCCGCCACGAGCAACCUCAACAGUGCGUCGGGCCCAUCGCGCAGCUCGCACGAGACCCCACGCUCGCCACGCCCGUCGUCAUUCCUCGACGCAAACCCGCCGCCGGCGGAGCCCAUACGCCGCUCGAACAGCUGGUGGGUGCGCUUCGCGAAGACACCGCUGCUCGACCGACGCAGCAGCGACGCGCGCCCGCCGCUCACGAUCCGCGACCCGAACCCCGCGCCGCGCCUCGCCGAGUCGCUCGUGCCCAUCGAAGAAUCGGCAGCGUCGAUGCACGCGGGGGAGGCCUCGGGGGGCUCGCGGCACCGGCGGAGGCGGGACGUGUACGCGAGCACGCAGCACGGCCGCUCGGCGUCGUCGCUGCAGACGGCGCGCACGGCGGACUCGGCGGUGCUUGAGAAGAUGGGGCGGACGAUGGACGUCGUGCAGAAGGGCACGGUGGGCUCGCACUCGAGCGCGCCGAGCGUGGACAGCGCGGACGAGCGCAGCCCGGGCGCGGCGCCGCAUGCAGACCGCUCGCUGGGCGGGCGGCCGUCGCCACUCCUCCCCGAUGCGGACGACGACGGCGGGCGGGGGCUCGUCCAGUCGCCGGUGCAGAUGGAGGGCGCGGCGCCGUUCCCCUCGCCCCCGACGUCACCGCGCACGAGUCCGCCGCGGCGGCCGACGACGGGGCAGGUCGCAGCGCGCGUGCAGGCGUUUGAGCGGCGCAUGUCCGUGCAGGAGGGGGGUGCGCGCACGAAGAGGGAUCGCGCGAGCGUGUACGGGAUCGCGCCGAAGUCGCCGCUGUUUGUUGCAAACCCAGACCACCGGGCGAGCCCGUCCGACGCUUCGUCGGCGGGGACGUGA